CGCGUGUCCUUCCCUCCCCACAACUUUUUGUUCAUCAACAACAAUCUCCACCUCCUCGACAUCCGCCACCACCAACAUAAUAGGAGCAACAACCACAACGACUGUCUCUAGAACAUCGCGCUUACACUCCUUCGUAUCCGCUACGCGACCUCAAUAACUCUCCCCACUCUCAUUCAACUAAUCGACCUCUGUCGGAGCGCAAGACAGCCAUCCCGUUGUCCCUGACAACCAACGACUGAACAAAAACAUCCUUGGCGAACCCGAUACAUCAUCACCAGCAACACCGCCACCCACCAUGCCUCCCAUCCGCUCAACCCCGGUACGGGAACGACUUGCUGAGCCCCGUACACCUGUAGUACACGUGCCCGAGGAGGACGAUGGCUUCAACCCCGCUUGGGCAAUGAACCCGGAGAAUCCCUUCCGCAGUUACCAACCUAUUGCACCCAUAGAACAGGAGCCGGAAGUGAGCCGAUUACCUGCGCCGCAGGUGUCUGUAACCCGUGUUCAACCUCAAGUUGCUACCUACGAUCAUGAUGCUCUCGACAGUCUUACGUGGGGAGUCUUGAUUCCUCUGGCGGUCGUCUACAACACGGUCAAAGGUGUCUGCGAUUUAGCAACCGGAGCGGUGUAUGCCACAUGUCGGGGUGCGAAGGCCGUUGCGCGCGUCGGCGGUGGUGUCAGUCGCAAGGUCUUUCCCAACCGCUACGAUCCAAUUGGCAGGUCGAGGCGAGUCAGUAGAACCCCACAGAAGCAGAUACCGGCCGACAGCAUGCUGGCUUUGCCGCCGCAUAUGGUAGGCGCGACGCCUAACGUAGUGCGACGAGCCAGAGGAGAGCGUCUGAGAGGAGACCCGAACAACCGCACUCCGACUGUCGACGAAGCGAAGAAGUGGAACCUAUUCCAUGAAACGCCCCUUCGGAAGAAGCCCGUUGUUGCCGAGACACCUCUACCCAAUGGCCCUGGUAGUACCCCGUGGAAAACACCAAAGUUUGAGUUCAAUAUGAGCCAAAAGAAGAGCAAGACCGGCAAAUCUAAAGAAUUUGCAAUGAAUGUUCACAAGGGUGAAUUCAAAGAGUGGCUCAAGAUGCUCAAGAGACACGGAUUAGGCACAUCGACUUUGCGCCGAGAGCUCACCGAAAACCUCACAUUUCCUACGAACCUGAUUCUGGAGCUCUACGAUAACAAGAGCGAGGACCUUAACCGCCUCGUCAAGUGCCUUGUCCACGAAGGAUUCACCGCUUUCUACAGGCUCAACGUUCCGGUCAUCAAGCCAACUGCUCCAAUUAAGUUUCGGAAGGGCGAGGUACGAAACAUCGACCUUGACGCUGUGCAUCAGCAAGAGGAUGGCUGCUGCAAGUUCUGUCGUGGCUUCGCUUGGGCUGGUCAGGUGGAGGAACGUGAAAUGGAUAAGGAUGGCGAGGUGCCAUGCCGCAGUCAACACAAGACUGUCGUGCCCUACACCGAGGAGGAAAAGGCCGUUUUUGCUCAGAACAAGUACGACAUGCUCUUCAGACGUUGGUGCCAGGAAUCACGCUACGAUUGGAUAUUCGAGGCCCCAAGGUUGAAGAAUUGGGAAAUUCCCCAGGACGAUCCCAGAUUGCGCCACAUCUCGAUGCUCAGGCAGCAGCACAAAGCUACUUACGGAGCGCCCAAGAUGUAUGAUGCCGACCUUUUGGCGGGCCGCAACAACCUCCGCGAGGACAUUACGAGGCAAGAUGUGGCGGCAAAGAUCAUGAUCGAUGCCAUCAGGAAGGAGAACCCCGCGUUGGCCGAUGCAUACGCCAAGUUGGACCUUGAGCGGAAACGCAGACAGGUCCGCGCCGACUGGCUCUGCAUCAGGCAAGUCAAGGCUGUUCGCAAGGAACCGCCGAAAAAGGAGAAGGCUCCCGUCAAACCCGUCGUUGCCGAUCCACCACCUGCACCGGUAACCGCCCUCGUCAAAGUACAAAAGGCGGUAACCAAGAGGAAUGCGCAAAGCGAAGAAUACGACCAAAAACCUAGCAAGAGAGUCAAGAUCACGGAGGAGACACGCGAGCGCAACGGCAAGAGAAUUAAGUUCGACGAAGAGCACUACCAGGAGAAGUCUGCCAGAAAACCCGAGAAGCCCGCCAGAAAAUCCGUCAAAUUCGCUCCCGAACCCCAGGGGCCGCAUGUCAGCAACGGCAACACGGCCAUCAAGGGAAUUCUCAAGGAGUCCGGGACUUUCGAGAAAGCAUCCCAGGCACUGGUAGCAUUCAAGAAGCUUCCACCAAAGAAAAAGGCUCCUACCAAGUCGAUCUCCUUCAACACUCAACCUCAACCUAUCCCUCCGACGGGAACCGAGCCAGUCGCCUCGGGACUGCCCGAGAAGGUUCCGCUUUCUCAGAUCUCGUACUCACCAACUACCCGCCUCCUCUCCCGGCCCAUUCCAAAGAUCAACUUCGCGGCGGUUCCCUCUCUUCGGCCUGAGGGUUCUGGUUCAGAACCAACCUUCUUCUUCGGAGCCUCCUCCAAGACUGUGUCCUUCAGUGCUCGCCUCCCACCUUCUUUCGACCCAGUCCUCAUUCGACAGCAAUACAAGUUGGGCUGCGCCAACGCCGGAAGCUACUGGGAUGACCUUGACCCUCACGGGUGGCAACCAGACCCAGCCCUGACCGUAGAAGAGAACAACGCGCUCCGUAUCAACUACAACAUCCAGAAAGCCGCGGACGCCGCGAAACGCGAGCAAGAGCUGAGGGAGUUGGAGCGAGAGGAGGAAGCAGCCAGAAAUCUCUCGAAAGAAUCCGAAACUCACGCCAGAGGAUUGAACGAGAUGAACAACAAUGCAGCAAGACGGACAAAUGAACAAGGCUUCAAGGCUUUCAGUGGAUAG